AUGGAUGUUCCGUCCAACCAGAAGCCCGAGUUCGCUGCAAGCGUCCCCACAGUUCUCAACUUUGCCUCAACCAACCUCACCGCGUCGACAGAGACGCGGGAUGAAUCUUUGGCUUUGGUCGAGCUAGCCGUACUCACCCUCAUCUUCGCUUUCACCGUCAUGGGCAAUUCAACCGUUUUGCUAGCCUUAGCCACCCGACGGUCCAAGAUGACCCGAAUGUACUACUUCCUUCUCCACCUGUGCGUUUCCGACCUAAUCACAGCGUUCCUCACGGUCCUGCCUCAACUUGGCUGGGACGCAACGUACCGUUUCCAGGGCGGAAACCUCGCCUGCAAGGCCGUCAAGUUCGGACAGCUUUUGGGACCGUACCUGUCCUCGUACGUGCUCGUGGUGACUGCCGUGGACCGUUACCAGGCCAUCUGUUUCCCCCUCUCCAACUGUUCUUGGACACCGACCAAGUCGAAACUGCUAAUAUGCGCGGCCUGGGUGGCUGCGUUGCUGUGCUGCGUGCCGCAGGUCUUCAUUUUCAGUUACCAGGAGGUUUCCCCGGAAGUGUUUGACUGCUGGGGCACUUAUGUGGAGUCGUGGGGUCUCCGGGCUUAUGUUACGUGGUACGGCAUGUCCGUCUUUUUCGUGCCGCUGAUGGUCCUCACCUUCACGUACGUCUGCAUCUGUCGAUCAAUAUGGCGGAACCUGUACCUCAAGAGGAAGAGUUCGGACGCCGAGUCCUGGAAGGGAGAACGGGCGUACCGCUUCAGAGGCCUCGCACAUAACGGCACCAAACAGGAUUCCAGCUUCGUGGGACCUCGGAGUCACUCGGUGAGAGGAUUGUCCAGAGCCAAGAUCAAGACGGUCAAGAUUACGGUGGUUGUGAUCGCCCUGUACGUCGUCUGCUCGUCGCCUUUUAUCUGCGUCCAAAUGUGGAUGUACUGGAGUCCCCAUGUCGACAUGGCGAAUCCCUGGAUAAAUGCCACUGUAACUAUCCUGAUGCUGCUCAACAGCCUCAACAGCUGCGUCAACCCCUGGAUCUACCUUUUCUUCAAUCGCAGCCUGGUCAAUGCCCUAAGGUACCAGGUUUGCAGAUGCCCGGAAAAGAACGCCAAAGUGACCAGCUGCACCGCGAGCAGCUGCCCAUCCACGGGCAUCGUGGCGGAGCUGACCACGCAGGGCACUGACGCGGGGAACACCCUGAGUCGCCUAAACUCGCCCAUCGUAUCAACGGUUCGCAGGACUGCACCCACGAUCGUCCCAGAGAAGCUUCUGGAACCGCCAAGGCUUCUAGCCGGAAGGGACAACGGCCAAGACAAGAUUGAGAUGAUGGCCGUGGUCUGCAAGUCUGCAGAUUCGGCUCCAUGGCACGAACAAAUUGUGCUUGUGAGGAAAACUACAUCGUACCAGGACUUCGUGUGUUCUUGAAAGUUGGGCAACGGGCGUAUUGGUUGGGCUGUUGAGCAGGGUGACCUAUGUAUUUGGUGAUUUAGUCGAAUGCUCAAUUGUUAAAGCGGUGUUCUUGUUUGAUGUCACUAUGCUCUCUUUUUCAGCUAGCGGCUCUGGUCUGGACAUGCAACUUGACGAGAGAUUUUAAUGUAUUACUGUGGUUUCAGCAGAUGAAUGCGGCUACAAUGCACUGUGACUUGACAUUAAUAUAACUGAAAGUAAUGAGAAACCUAGGGUUGAGAAAAACGGUACGUGGUAAGAUACUACUCCACAUAAUUUCCAACUUUUUUAUCUACACUUUAGCAUGCUCGUUCUUAA